AUGGGAGCUUUGGCGAUUGCCAACGUUCUACACAACUGCGGGCUUUGUGAUUUGCAGGCCGUCAUGAUCGAUACUAAUUCCCAUUACGGAGCCCUAGCAGCUAGUGUCGUCAACACGUACUACAGCAACGGAGAUAUCCCCAUCGCAGCUAUCAGGCCAUUGACGAACGAGACAUUCUUCGAUGACUCGAUGUUUUACCGAAGCGAAUAUGCCAGCAAGAUCGCUUAUAAUUGGCCUCGAGCGUUGGAGAGUGCCAACCAGACCAUGACGCCAGCGUCACUCUACAAAUCUGUCUUGGAUUCCGCGGACAAUGACAGCCUGACGAUCGUUUCAAUUGGCUUUCUGAACAACCUCGCCGCCCUUCUCAGCACUACCGAUGGGCCUGGCCUCAUUUCGUCCAAGGUCCAUGAGCUUGUCAUCAUGGGAGGCCAGUACCCAUCGGGAUGGGAGUACAACUUCGGAUACUUUGAUCCAGCAUCCACCACAAAGGUCGUCAGAGACUGGCCUCGCGACAUUCCAACCACUUAUCUAGGCUUCGAACUCGGGCUGAACGUCAUCUCAGGGGAGAAGUUACGGGACCACGCCCCAUCUGACUCCCCCAUCCUCGCAGCAUACGAAUGGUACAACGGCCGCUGCAGUACACUCAGAGAAAGCUGGGACCCCCUGACCACUCUGUACGGAAUCCUAGGCCUCGACGGCUUCUCCUCCCUCGGUCUCAAAUCGCCGUUUACCUACGCCAACUCCAUCGGGUACAACUCGAUAACCUCACCAAACGCAUCCAACGCAUGGGUCAACGACUCGAGUGUAACGAAUCAACACUGGCUGGAGCUCGCCGACGGCGUAUCCAACACUAGCGUGGCGUGGAUGCUCACGCAGCUAUAUGCACAUGACCCAAUUUCGCAGUCCUGCUUCGGCUGA